AUGGAUGUCGACAGCCCCGCCGCUGCAGUCGAGCAGCUGAAGGAGGCAAACGGUGAAAUCGACGAAUCGCUAUACAGCAGACAGCUCUACGUCCUGGGUCAUGAAGCCAUGAAGCGCAUGGGCUCGUCCAACAUCCUGAUUGUUGGCCUGCGCGGUCUCGGUGUCGAGAUCGCAAAGAACAUUGCCCUCGCAGGUGUCAAGAGCUUGACCCUGUACGAUCCCAAGCCUGCUCAGAUCCAGGACCUGUCAUCACAGUUCUUCCUCCACCCCGAAGACGUCGGCAAGCCGCGCGCUGAAGUCACCGUUCCUCGCGUUUCUGAACUCAACCCCUACACCCCUGUAAACCUCCUCAAGUCGACCUCCAUCACCGACGACCUCAGCCAGCUCAAGGACUUCCAAUGCGUUGUCCUCACCGACACUCCUCUCAGAGACCAGCUCCUCAUCUCAGAUUAUUGCCACAAGAAUGGCAUCUACCUUGUUGUUGCCGAUACUUUCGGUUUGUUCGGUACAAUCUUCACCGACUUUGGCAAGAACUUCACAAUCGGCGACUACAACGGCGAGAAUCCUGUCAGCGGCAUCAUUGCAGACAUCGACUCAGAUGGUAUCGUUUCAGCUCUGGAUGAGACAAGACACGGUCUGGAAGAUGGCGACUUUGUUACCUUCACCGAAGUUGAGGGUAUGGACGCCUUGAACGACUCCGCCCCUCGCAAGAUUACCGUAAAGGGUCCCUACACCUUCUCCAUUGGAGACGUCUCUGGUCUUGGUGACUACAAGCGUGGAGGUCUAUACACUCAGGUCAAGAUGCCUAAGUUCCUCGACUUCGAGCCUUUGAGCCAGCAAUUGAAGAAGCCUGAGUUGAUGAUGUCCGACUUUGCCAAGUUCGACCGUCCCGCCCAACUUCACGUUGGCUUCCAGGCUCUUCAUGCAUUCAACGACAAGCACGGCCAUUUCCCCAGACCCCACAACGAACAGGAUGCAACCGAGCUCCUCAAGCUCGCACCAGAGUUGGCAGGUUCGGGCGAUGAGAAGGUUGAGUUGGACGAGAAGGUCAUUCGCGAGUUGUCAUACCAAGCUCAGGGAGAUCUUAGUCCUAUGGCCGCUUUCUUCGGUGGUCUCGCUGCUCAAGAAGUUCUCAAAUCUGUCUCCGGAAAGUUCCACCCUAUCGUGCAGUGGCUCUACUUUGACGCUCUGGAGGCCGUCCCUACCUCUGUCAAGCGUUCCGAAGAGCUUUGCAAGCCUACUGGUACUCGUUAUGAUGGUCAAAUUGCAGUCUUCGGUAAGGAGUUCCAGGAAAAGCUCGCCAACAACCAACAGUUCCUCGUCGGUGCUGGAGCCAUUGGUUGCGAGAUGCUGAAGAACUGGGCUAUGAUCGGUCUUGCAACUGGACCCAAGGGCAAGAUCACUGUUACGGACAUGGAUCAGAUCGAACGCAGUAACUUGAACAGACAGUUCCUUUUCAGAUCAAAGGAUGUCGGUCAGCUCAAGAGUGAGUCUGCUACGAGAGCCGUUCAAGCCAUGAACCCCGACCUCCAGGGCAAGAUUGAGUCCAUGAAGGACCGUGUUGGCCAGGAUACCGAGCAUCUCUUUAACGAGGACUUCUGGAACAGCCUCGAUGGUGUAACUAAUGCUCUUGACAAUGUUGACGCUCGUACCUACGUUGACCGUAGAUGCGUCUUCUUCCAGAAGCCUCUCUUGGACAGUGGCACUCUUGGUACCAAGGGCAACACCCAGGUCGUCCUACCUAGAAUCACGGAGUCUUACUCUAGCUCGCAAGACCCUCCUGAGCAGUCGUUCCCCAUGUGCACCUUGCGCAGUUUCCCCAACCGCAUUGAGCACACCAUUGCUUGGGCCAAAGAUCUCUUCCAUACAUACUUUGCCGGACCGGCCGAGAUUGUCAACGCAUACAUUACUCAGCCCGAUUAUCUAGGUGCUGCACUCAAGCAGUCUGGCAAUGAAAAGCAGACACUCGAGACUCUGAAGGAGUUCCUGGUUACUGACAAGCCCGAGACUUACGAGGACUGUAUCAAGUGGGCCAGAACUCAAUUCGAGAAGCAAUACAACAAUGCUAUCCAGCAGCUCUUGUACAACUUCCCCAAGGAUGCAAAGACAUCUAGCGGUCAGCCCUUCUGGUCGGGUCCCAAGCGCGCUCCCGACCCGCUCAAGUACGAUCCUAACAACGACACUCACUUCACUUUCAUUCUCUCAGCUGCCAACCUCCACGCCUUCAACUAUGGUAUCCCCCAGAAGGGUACUAAGGACAAAGCCGAGAUUGACCAGCUCGUCGAUAACAUGAUCAUCGAAGACUUCAAGCCUGACCCGGGUGUCAAGAUCCAGGCUAACGAGAAUGAGCCCGAUCCGAACGGUCCUGCAGCAUCAAUGGAUGACAACGACGAGCUCGACAAGAUUGCCAAGUCAUUGCCUUCGCCGAAGACUCUUGGUGACUUCAAGUUGACCCCUGUCGAGUUUGAAAAGGAUGAUGACACGAACUUCCACAUCGACUUCAUCACUGCUGCCAGCAACUUGCGCGCCGAGAACUACAAGAUUGUGACUGCCGACCGUCACAAGACCAAGUUCAUCGCAGGCAAGAUCAUUCCUGCCAUCGCAACCACCACCGCUUUGGUGACUGGUCUUGUGGUUCUUGAGCUGUUCAAGAUUAUCGACGGCAAGGAUGAUAUCGAGCAGUACAAGAAUGGCUUCGUCAAUUUGGCUUUGCCGUUCUUCGGUUUCUCAGAGCCUAUUGCCUCGCCCAAGGGCAAGUACCAAGGCAAGAACGGCGAGGUUGUUAUUGACAAGCUGUGGGACCGCUUCGACACUGAGGAUGUCACUCUGGAACAGUUCCUGAAGGACUUCGCCGAUAGGGGCUUGGAGAUCACCAUGAUCAGUUCCGGAGUCAGUUUACUUUACGCUAGCUUCUACCCUGCUGCCAAGAACAAGGACAGACUGCCUCUCAAGCUGAGUGAGCUCGUCGAAACCAUCAGCAAGAAGCCCAUUCCCGAGCAUCAAAAGAAUGUCAUCUUUGAGAUCACUGCAGAGGACACCACGGAAGAAGACGUCGAGAUACCCUUCGUGCAGCUCAAGCUGAGAAAGUAG